CCAGGCCAAACCCACUAUCCAACGAUCAUUCCGCGAGGUUUCACCAACUGCAGUUACUUUCUGUAACCAGGGUUAACUAACUACGGUUACAAGGGUCUCUGCAUUUUCUAGUUAAAUCAAAACAGGACUGCGAACAUGAAUCCGUGUUUGUAGCUGGAAAUUCGUCUGUUUGAUUCAGGUUAGGAUUUGAAGAUGGGACCGAGGGUGUUAAUUGCGUGCUUUUUUCUGGGUUUGUUUCUUUUUUCCAGCGUUUCUAGUGCUGAUGAGGGUUUGGUAAGAGUUGGACUGAAGAAGAAGCGGUUGGAUAGAGCUAGCUUAAUGGCUAAGUUGGCUGCAUAUGACGGUGAUUUUGCCGCUGCGCUCACACGGAAGUUUGGCUUUGCCGGAGAGAAUUCGAAGUUAAAGUCCGAUGCUAGUGAUUACAUAUCUUUGAAGAAUUAUUUAGAUGCUCAGUAUUACGGGGAGAUCGGAAUUGGAACCCCAGCUCAGAUCUUUAAAGUUAUUUUUGACACAGGGAGCUCCAAUCUUUGGGUGCCUUCGUCUAAAUGCUACUUUUCGCUGGCUUGUUAUUUUCAUCCGAAGUUUCAAGCAUCACUGUCGAGCACAUAUGAAGAAGAUGGGAAAUCUUGUGAUAUUCAGUAUGGCAGUGGUUCCAUAUCUGGCUUCUUGAGUAAAGAUCAUGUUACUGUUGGUGACCUUGUUGUGAAAAACCAGGUUUUUACCGAGACAAAAAAUGAACCGGGGACAUUCUCGGUGGCCAAGUUUGAUGGCAUUCUAGGGCUUGGAUUUCCUGAAAUUUCUGCUGACGAGGUUGUUCCAGUUUGGUAUAACAUGGUUUACCAGGGCCUUGUCCAAGAUCCAGUCUUUUCCAUUUGGAUGAACAAAAAUGCAGAUGAAGAGGAUGGCGGUGAGAUUGUUUUUGGAGGCGUUGAUACUGAACAUUUCAAGGGAAACCAUACGUAUGUGCCUGUUACAAGAAAAGGAUAUUGGCAGUUUAACAUGGGAGACUUUCUCAUUAGUGGUGAAUCAACAGGCUUUUGUGCUGGAGGGUGUGCUGCCAUUGCAGAUUCUGGAACUUCCCUUCUGGUUGGUCCAAUGGGUAUUGUAACACAGAUCAACCAUGCAAUUGGUGCAUCCGGUAUUGUAAGCCAAGAAUGCAAAACUGUAAUAUCACAGUAUGGUGAUAUGAUGUUUGAGCUCUUGAUGUCACAGACAAGUCCUCAAAAGGUUUGUUCUCAGAUUGGCUUGUGCUCUUAUGAUGGUCAAAGAGAUGCCAGCAUGGGUAUAGCUGGCAUACUAGAUAAAGAAGUUCACAAAACAGAGGCAUCUUCUGGUUCCAAUGAUGCAAUGUGCACUGCUUGCCAGAUGACAGUCACGUGGAUGCAGAAUUAUGCAAUGCUCACUACCAGUCAGCUGGCAGUCACUGCUGGUCAGAUGGCAGUCACGUUAAUGAAAAACCAAUUCUACCUAAAGCAGACUAAGGAACUGAUUCUCAGCUCAAUGAAUCAGCUAUGUGAACGGUUGCCAAGCCCAAAUGGAGAAUCUGUUGUUGACUGUGAUCAAAUAUCAAGCAUGCCAACUGUUACAUUUUCUAUUGGAAGUAAAAAAUUCAAUCUCACAGCAGACCAGUACAUUCUAAAAGUUGGCGAAGGUGUUGGAGCUCGAUGCAUAAGUGGAUUCGUGGGCUUGGAUGUUCCUCCACCACUAGGGCCUACAUGGAUUCUCGGAGAUAUUUUCAUGAGCUUGUACCAUACAGUUUUUGAUUACGGGAACUUAAGAGUAGGCUUUGCAGAAGCUGUUUGACAAUGCACAUAUAAACAAUUGUCUACAGUGACCAAUUAGUGUAAUAUUGUGUAUAGCCAAAGCAUGCACGUUAAGUCAUCUGGCAAAACUUUAAAGUUCUUUUAUUGCUUUAGAUGCCUUCUUGUGUAUAGUAUCUCAAAUAUUUGGUGUUUUAGGUUGGUAAUCAUGGAGGGGCUUUUUAAAAAAUAAAGUUUCAGCAAUACAGUUAGAACUGGAGCUAUUGGUCCUAUUAAUUUUGUAGUGCAAUUCAACUUAAAAGUUUAAGUUCUUAAAUUUAAGAAAGUUGGUGAUUUCAUAAA